AUACAAGUACAGGACAAGAUCUCUUGUUUGUUUUCAGCGCUUGUCUUGGGAUUGAGUUCUCAGUUUUCGGUCCAAUACUGCACCUUAUGUCCAACGUCCGUUAUUCACCUUAACAGCACACAGUGUCCUACGGAACUCGGGAAGCACUCCCCCAGUCUCCUAGCUUCAUCGACUGUUGAACUGCUGUGUUUGUAGUGGAUCCGCUCCUAACGUUACUUGCGCUAGUCCAUGUGGAAAAGCACGACACGAUGGACUGUCUACCGCUUGAAGGCAUGAUCAAGAGGGAUAUGAAUCAGCUGAGAAACGGAGACCAUGUGGUCGUUCUAAAAUACGUCAUCGGACGCACUAUACCCUAUUGGCAUCACGGAUUCUACUCUGCCCGUCUGGAUAAGGUCGUGUCGUACGCUGUCAGGCCAAAGAAGCAGGGCACAGAAAUCAUGAAGGGCAUCACAGGAACAUUCCGGAGGUUUACAAUGGACGUGGCGAACUGGGGCAUCUCUGCACUAUCCGGCUGCGAAGGGAGAGUAGUGGCUGAUGAGGUGUCCUACUUCGAAUACAUUCAGGAUCAGAGACGAACAGGAAAAGUCUGCGUGAUGCCGUAUGGGAACAGCGCCAUCCAGGUUGACGGAAUUUCUGAUACGCCCUAUCUCGCUGAGCUGGACCAGAACAGGGCAGUGGCAAAUGCUGAGUGGUUUGUUGGAGAGGACCACGAGUAUGCUUUCGGCAAGUACAACCUCCGGAAGUGGAACUGUGAGCAUUUCGUCAACUACUGUUCCAAGACCAAUUCGACGCCGGCGGAGUUGGAGCGGGAGUUUGAUAGCGGUGACAGCAACGAGCUUAGCCAUGAGUUCCUUACCCAACAUGGUCGUUUGAGAUCUGUGAUGAGUGAGGUAUUGGUUAUGCAUGAUCUACUACAGAGUGGCGGUGACACGGAUGCCACUCAAAACGCCCACUUCGGCACCAUAGAUGUGGAGCUGCUCAACUGACUGCCAGGUCCCUAUGUUGAAGAUCCCUAGGCAGAUUGUGGACGACAGAUUCAAAGCACCUCUCCAGCUCCGGCCGGGCUGUUGAACGCAGUGACAUCCUACCCACGGAUGAGUGCAGCUUGGAUGCAGCAUGGAGUGAUUGUGUGAGUGUGCUGCCAUGGCUGUGAAGAAUACUAGUAUACAGCUGUCUCCCCUUCUGUCUGCCUCUGCCUCCCUCCUAAGAUGUCAAAGAUGUCUGUUGUAUACACAUGUACGUGGGUUUGUCAAGUUUCCACGACGCAGCUAGCUCACCAGAUCAAGGUCUGGGUUCUCUUCACUCAGUAGAGUCAAGCGAGCUGCAACUCCCCGUGCCGACAGGCGGGCUCACGCCCCUACAUGGCUACUUCACCUUGUCUUACACCCAAGACAAAAUGAUAGUAGCCGACUGGCCGAAAUUAAAAAAAAAAGGUUUUCUUGUGACUACAUUGAUCAGCUAUUUUGUCUGUCUAUCUGCCUCUCUGCUUUGCGGAUUCCCUGGUCUGUGAACCUAGCUGGUGCCUAUCGGCCUGUACGUUGGUCCAGCUGCCUGUCUGCUCUUGUGCCUAGAAUCCGGCCUGUUAUUCUCUUAUGUGAGCAUUUAAACAGAUAUUACGUGUUUUCUAAAUAAAAUUAAUAUUAUCCAGUGUCUAUCGUGACUCUAAAUGUUCCCCACCGCUAUAUCUAGGAAAUACGUCUGUCCUAAACGUACGCCCCUGUGCUUUAGAGCUCGCAUUGAACAUCAUACCUACUUGUCGAUUUCCCUUUAUACCUCAUGACAAAUUCAUUUGCUUCUUUGUUAUCAACCACAUUGGCUCCUUCAGUAACUGCGAAUUUAAAUUAAAUUUAACAACAAUGCGUAACAAGA